AUGCCUCUAUCCCUGUCCUCGCCAUCCAUAAUAGCAGUUCUGGGCUUCCCUGAUCUCCAUGCUCAGCUGAUGACUGCUUCUCCAUAUGCUGCCGCGUGUGAGAUCACUGUCAGUGUGUCAAAUUUUGACAUGUUUGUGCUGCAUCAAGCUUUACACUCUUCAUGUUUUUCAGAAAGCAGUACUGUGGAAUUUCUCGGGUCUUCCGUCCUCACACCAGAGGUGUACUUAGGCAGCUAUGGCUGCCAAAUCGUCUGUAGCAGUUCAUUCGCCUGCGUCCCACCACUUCUCGGUUGGUUAUCAUCCAACUCCCAGACUACCGUAGCUACAGGUCUUGUAAUUGCACUUAGCGUCUCGUUUGGCAUACCAGGCCAAAUCGCCGAAGUCUGGGUUUAUAAGCCGGAUAAAGCCAUGGAGGGAUAUCCCACAGGUCACUUGGUGAAUGCAGCAUUGCUAUUGAUAAUCUGUGUGCAUAAGAGAAUGGCAAAGGCAGUGGGAGGAGGAGGGUGGCGAAAAGAAAAUGUUUGUGGGCUGAAAAAUGGCCCGAUAGCUAUUCACGGGACCCGACAAGUGGAAUGA